AUGGAGGUCGAAAAAAUCAGAAGAGACUCAGUUAGGAGACACAGACUUUCUAGUGCAGAUGCUACGUACUACAAGCCUACUAUGAAGGGAUCCAUAAACGAUGAGACUUGUAGCGAUGAGGGUGAAAUUGAAUUCGAAGGAUGGGUGGAAUUUAUAACAAAAAAUGACAAGGAUGAUAAUGAUGAUAAUGAUGAUGAUACUUUGUGUGAAGAAAAGAUUAACAAGUCAAAUGGAAAAAGAAAAAGCUCAUUGUAUAUAUCAAGCACACCUGGAAUAUAUACAAGCACGAGUAAAAUGAAAAAGGGAGAAAAAAGUGGUAAAAUUGAAGAGAACACUAAAGCAAAUAAGAACAUCAGUUUUAAGAAUGAAGGGAAAUCAGAUUAUACAUAUACGCCUACAAAUUAUUUGCACAAAGAACCUGUGAUGGCAUUAAAUAACGGAAUGGUUUAUGCUAAUGGUAACAAUGUUACUACACACCCUUUAAUUAUGAACACACAAGAAAAAACGGACAACACAAUGAAUAUUUUACAACCAAAUUAUGUCGAUCCACCUACUCCUGUUGUUUUAAAGAAUCAACAAGUACUUCCACAGUUGUAUAUCAGACAACCACCGACUGUGAUAGUAACAAAUGAGUCUAGACCCCCUUUGGUUAUAAACCCUCCACCUGCUAAUAUUGUUUUUAAGAAUAAAGCACCUCAGCCUAUAUAUGUAAAUAGUGCAAGACCAAAUAUAAUUAUUAAAAAUGACCCUCCAGUGAUACAGAACCCAGUUGAUAUGGAUUCUACACCUAUUCAUCUAGAUGUCCCUAUGGAAAACACAUCUACUACAAUGACAGAAUCGAUAAAAUAUCCUUACUUUGUUAAUCUUAAAAACGAAUCUAUCAUUGAUAACAAAAGUUGUUUUUUUAAGGGAAAUAUAAAUAAUACAUCAACCGGUUUAAUACAACCAAGUAAUAUUAUACAGUUAGAUAAUUCAUUAGGAACUAUUUCACACCAAAUGAUACCAAAUGUAUAUAUGAUGAAUGAGAAUGGCCAAUGUCAAGGGGGGGGAGGAUAUCAAACACAGACUCCCAUCUAUGCAAUAAAUCCAAUGGGAAACACAAUUCAAACACAAGCACCUGUUCCUAUCUCUACGAUAAAUUCAUAUGAGUCCAAUAUUUUCCAGUACACACAUCCUAGUUAUGCACAAGCUAUAUCUGCCCAACCUGAACAAUGCACUAUUGGUGGUGGUAUCUUACUGAAUCAGCCUGUACAGAUGGUUCCACAACAAGCUCCACAACAAGUUCCACAACAGGUUCCGCAUCAGGUUCCGCAUCUGGUUCCACAUCAGGUCCAUACCACCACCACCCCACAGCAAGUUCACCUAACUGGUACACCGCAUAAUUACCAAGCAUAUUCCAGUACACAUCCCAACGUGACGUAUGGAAAAAUGAGCGCACAGCAAGUUGGUCAACAUGCAUGUGGAACAGCAGCACCGCAAUAUUUUCAACAGAACUAUGUGUCAACAAAUCCGAUCAUACAAGAACAGAUGUUACCUAAUGUUACACAAAGAAGAUCAACAUAUAUUCCUAAUAACAACAUAAGCCAAGGUGUACCAACAGUUAUGAAAUAUAAUAAUAAUUAUUUCCCUCAACAUGUUAAUACAAACAAAAUUCCUUUAAAACAUCAGCCAGCAUCAGCUUCUAGUGAAUUUCUGCCUACGUGUGGACCUGUAGGUUGUGCAUCCACGAAUCAAAAAUCUGUUCAUACAACUAACAUGAGAAGAAACAGUUAUGUGAAUCCACAAACUCAUUCAACAAUGCAACAACCCCUUCCUAAAAAGGUCCAAAUAAUGGCACGUCCUAUGUACGAUCAGAACUUCAGGGGGUAUAACUAA